CCGUACGUGGUCGGCUCGGUCCUCUUUUCGGUCCAGGCACUAGUGACGCAGUCGACGCUGCAGCCGCUGGUCGUCACGCUUCACUCGAGCAUUGCGUCGGGCUACGCGGCUUUGUUUGACGUGUCGUGUUCGCUACCGGUUGGUUCCGAGACGUUUUCGAUCACGCUGUCGCUCCCGUCGGCGUACUGCGACGCCGUGUCGAUGGUGUACAUGUUUGACAGACUCGUCAAUGCGGCCGAGGAUGGCUGCUCGUACGUACUGCAAGACGGCACCGGGCGGACGUCUUGGGCGACAUGGUUCUCUGGCACGGUCUUUUUGCGAGUCGCGCCGGGCUUCUCUGGCAAUAUGACUCUUCAGUACACGGCGACGUCUGGCAACGUAGUGGGGUCGACGGCGCAGACCAUUGCGUCGGUGAGCUUGGUGUGGGACGCCGACACCGACCCCGUGGUAUUGCCCGGGACGUUCCAGUGGCUCGAGGCAUACCAGAACGAGUUGAUUUUCCGUGAUUGGAAGGCCGAUGUGGAAGAUGUCUUGAACAGCGCUGGCGAAACGCUUCACGGCAAUGCUUCGGUCCACUUCGAGUGCGAUCAUCUGAAUCGUGGCAUUACCGGAGGGUGGGCCAGCGGCGCGUGGAUGCCUUGCGAUAUCGAGGCAUUGCAGGAUGUGUACGAUGUCGCGCUGGCUCCUGCUUUGGACUUUUCGGGGCGAACCGCUGUGACCUUGGUCGUGACAGAAGCACGGUAUUUGGCACGCCCCAUCCAAUGUGUCAUUCAGUACACGAUCCGCAUCAUCGAAGUCGCCCCGCUCCCAGCGCUAACCUUGCCGGUGACAUUCCAACCACACAGCGUCAUUGCGUACGGUCAGCCUGCUAUGAUUGCCUUGGCAGAACCGGUGGCCUCGUCGUCGUCGCUGGAUCUGGACAUUCUUGUGGAUGCAACCACGCUCUUGUACGAGGCGACACAGCCCCCUCGCUCCCAGGCGCGUGCCAUUGCGACCGACACCUUCGUGUUUCAACCUGAUAUCUCACCAAUCGUGUACACGACUGUAAAAUCACCGCUCUUGGCAGUCGCGUGCCUCCAAGGCGAGCCGGCCACACUCAACUUGACCUAUCUGGGCGCGUCCAACACGACGUUGUGGGUGAUGGUUGUACCACGCGAUGUACCGCUACAAAUCAACCGAGCGAGUGCGGCGACGCUGGAUCCUGUCAAACUGCCGCCGACACAGCUCUUGCACGUGCAGCCACCCGCGUACUUUACGGGCCGGUUGCAAUUCGACAUUCGCAUUGGAUUGCAGCGCGGGCAGCGUACUGCCAUUGUACCGUACGCUGCCGUUGUAGACGUGACGCCGCUGCCUGUGCCGCCCGUGCCCCGUGUCGUUUUUUGCAAUAGAUCGGUUCCCUUUGGUGACGUGGCCGUUGUCACUAUGACGAAUGUGCCCUUGUCGACAACGACGGCGUUUGCGAUCGAGAUUGAAGUGCUGAAUGCGACCAUGGCCUCGUCACUUAUCGCUGCUCAAGUCGUGGCGCUCGAAACCAUCUCGCACUUCCCGGCGCAGUACCACUACGCCAACGUGACGAGCGCUACUGCAUGGAAGUGGACGCUACCGGUGGUAUUGCUUCCGUCGGGAACGGUCGCGGAUCGCCAUCUUGUGUCGCUUUCGGUAGCCGUGCAUAUGGCCCCCGACUUCGCGGGUCAUGUGCCAUUGGCACUUCGCCUCGUGUCAUUCUUGGCGGCCAACGCCAGCGUGACGGCCGAGUGGGUGUAUCACCAAACUGUGCAGUGGCACUACAACCAAGUCCCGCUCGUCGAAGUCGCGCCGCUGUGGACCUUGACAACGCUUGAAAACCUCGACACACGCGUGGCCUGGAUGGCACUUCUGACGCAAUCGUCGUUGAUCGGCACCUAUUGGACACAAGCGUACAACUUGACGGGUGUGUCGCUGCAGUAUGGCGUCAACAAAACCGUGCGAGAUGCUUCCAUUGACACGUUUUUCAACGCCACGCAAAGCGCUACAGUGGUCCGUGCGUCCAAGCUGCUUGCGUGGUCUCUCAACGACUCCAUGUCCGAGAUCACGAGCGACGAUGCGAUGCAGUUGUACGUGCUACCGUACCGGUACGGCUCGACCAACGUGACCCUCAAUUUUACGUUCCACGGCGCCGACGAAUCGAUCCGCCCACGCAUCCUGAUGCAGCCCAUACAACUCGACGUGCUCCAAGUUGCUCAAGUACCGGUGAUCGACUCUGUGCGGUCGCCCGCCGUCGUUGCCUCGGAUGACAUCGCCGACGUCACGGUCCAGAUUGCAACACCAAUUCUGGACGGCUCGGAUAUGUUGACGGCGCUCUUGUGGACCGACAGCCCGAGUGUAGCUGUGCAAAAUGCAGCCAAUGUCGUUCUUGUGCCGCACCAAAACGAGACGCUGCCCCGGUACGGUAUCCCAUUUGGCACCAGUUUCUACCAGUCGAUUCAAACAUGGUCGGCGACCUUCCGCGUCAUGGCCCUCGGUAGCUUUAGCGGAAAAGCCAAUUUCUGCCUCGAAAUUCGUGCCAUUGCAACGACCAAUACGACAUCCCGCGCCUCUGUGUUUCACCGUUUUGCCAUCGACUUUGAGCCGAGCGACACACCGAUCGUGGUGCCCGCGAGCGUUGUGUCAAUGGCCGUGUUUGGCGGUGAAAUCUGGACCCUCGAUGCCCCCGCCAUCUUGCGUCAAACGAAUGCACAGCUGCCGUUGCCGUACGCGACGGCAGCGAUAGCGUCGGCGUCGUACGAGUACACACUCGAGACGGCCAACAUUCACUACGGAUUUGCCAGCGUCGUACCACGCGUCCUAGCGCCGGUGCGGGUGGCAUUGAACGUGGCAGGCGUGCCGCCGCUCACGCACGACCUCGUCCACAUGGAAGCGGCCAACACCAGCACCUACGAUCAACCCAUCACGAUCACCUUAACGCUCCAAUGCGCAAAAGCAGUGGUCCAUUUCGAGCCCACUACAUUGGCGUACCUUGUAAACGGUCGAUCGGUCCAAGACACCUCGGUACUCAACAUGGGCCAACCAAUCCAGGUCGUCGCGUGGCCUCCUCUCGGUUCGAAUUUCUCGGGCGUCAUACCGUUUCAAGUAUCGGCGCUCUGCGACCAUGGCCCGGCGCUCAGUGUGCGUAAGGACCUUCAGUGGCUGGCCAACCCAGCGUCCUUUUUGCUUCCGCCCACGACGGCCAACGCAAGCACAAAUGAGAAUACGUGGCUGCAAAUGGCGCUGGGGUCGAUGCUAAGUGCGACCAACCGCACGGUCAACGACAUUCGAUACCGCGUCGCAGCGCUGCGCUAUGUGACACCGCUCGACGACAACAUCCAGCAAGUCGAACUCGGGAAUGCAACGCUGCUAGACAGCAACUAUAUUGGGCUGCUACCGCGGGUUCACUUUUCGGGGGUGCUCUCGGUGACGUGGCUGGUCGAAUACGAAGGUGUCGGCACCCAGUUUGGACAAGUCGUCGCACUCCAGAACCAAACAGCCACGCAUACAAUGCUUGUGGCCGUGCACCCGGUCGCGGUCGCACCGACACUUGAUUUGGCUACCGAUGGCGUCGUCGACUUUGGCAACUACUCGCGGGCGACGCUUCACGUCACGAUCGGUGGCGACACGUCGCAGACGACGCAGUUGUAUCUGGCCUGCACCGGUAGUAUUGUCGCAUUUUCCGGGGGCCGGUGGUUGCCAUAUUUUGGAUCGGUUCAGAUCGGGACGCUCAACUUGAACACGACGCUGCAGUGGAUAUAUGCACCGAGCCAAGCGGCAGCCGGUACCGCCGACUGCACGCUGCACUCGAUGACGACGUCGGUGGAUCUCGGUCUUGGCACGGACCCCCGUCAGAUGCUGGCAACGCAAAGCGUCAACUGGACUGCGACGUGGCAACCCAGUGUGCAUGUACCCGUGAUGCCCGUGCAGACCUUGUCCUUUACUACCAUGGUCAACCGGACGCUCGUGCUCUCGCUGCCUGACUUGAUUUCGUCGCUGCCAAAUGCUACGUCGUGCGCGCUCCAGUGGUAUACCUCGGACGUCCAGCGCACCUUGGCCGACGGGGUCGUCGUCAACGCCACGCGCACCAGCCAACUGACGCCGGCGUUUGCUCAAGCUUCCGGGAUGUCAUGCGCCAAUCUCUCGCAACUGACCGUCGAGUUCGCUUCGAGCUAUGUCGGGCGUACGACACUUUUUCUGGGCGUCGAAACGCUUGUCGCGCAGUACCCUGUGGCGAUUGCCGUAACUGUCAAGUCGCUGCCCGUUGCACCGCAUGUACUAUUGUCGACCAACGCCGUCGUCGCAUCGUACGAGCAGCCCGUGUCGGUGGUUGCUUAUGCACCGGCGCCACCCGGCACCUUGGUGACAUACCACGUUGUGAGCAGCCCGCCGAUCAUCACUGCAAUUGGUCGCAGCGGCGAGUGGUUUACGGCUGACGUCUAUGGCAUCAUUUCCAUGCGACCAUGGGCGGCCGUCGAUGCGACGCUUCAAGUAGCAGCACCCAUCGGUUAUGUGGGCUCGGUGCUACUGACGAUUACUGCGCUCGUUCAAAAUGGCGCCGACGGCGCGUCCGAUGCGCAGCAGCUCAACGCAACGUGGCUGCGUGCUCUUCCGCCGUCGCUUCAAGUGUCGUCAGUUGACAGCAUGUAUGCCACCGACGUGGCGUCCAUUCAGCUGCAAACCGAGCUGCAGCAUCAAGACAGCGCCAUUGGCGCGCUCAGCGUUCUCAUGACAACAUCCCAUGCGCUACAAGAUGUCACACGAACGCUACAAGCGUCUCCGGCUGCCUACCACGUGCAACUCCCCACGAAUGAGCUACUCGUGACGCCGCUCCGGUACUUCGGGGGUCCGAUCGUCUGGACCUUUCAAGCAACGAGCACCGCGUUUGGGACCUCGGCCAUUUCGGUCGCAUCGCUCAAUAUGACGGUGGUGCCUGUCGUCUCGACGCCCAAUAUCACGCUGGGUGUUCCAGCCAUGGUACAAAACACCUCGAGCCGCAUGAGCAUUCAAGUGGCCCUUGUCGAGCCCCUUGGGUAUACGGAAGUCUCGAAGUCGACCCUGGUGUUUUCCAGCUUUGGCAUUGAUGCAAUCACGGACGCUUCAACCAACGCGUCGGUGCCGUGCGUCGUCGUCGGCCCCAAUGUAACGGCGUGUCCACUGGCAACCACGUUUGGCGCGGCGCGCAACUUUUCUCUGGUGCUGACGCCGUACUUGGACUAUGCAGGGCCGGUCAACUUUUCGGUGCUUACAAUCCAUUCGAUCCUCGAGGCGCCGCUCGGCUGUAUGGAGAGCGCUUGGAACAGCUCGAUGCUGCACGCAUGCUGCGAAAAUGUCACCUCGCAGUGUACGGCCUCGUCGUCGGCCGCAACUAUCGUCGUGCGCGGCAUUGCUGCCUACCCCAACGUAUCGGUGUCACCCAUCAGCCUCGUCUCGAGCGUCCAGGCGAUCUCCGCCGUCAAGGUGCUUGCUCUCGACGUGCACGAUCCAUUUCACUCGCAGCUGCUCACGGCAACCAUCGUAUGCCCGUUGAAUACGCUCCAUCGCGUCGUCGUGUCCCAAAACUACACGCGGACCAACAUGACCAAACUGACAUCGGUCAAUGCCUCGUCGAUGGACAUGUUUUCCGUCGCGUGGCUCCCGCGCAUCGCCCCGUGGGGUCUCGAGCUUGAAUGGUCUGCCAAUGCGACAACGCCGCGCUUCAACUGCACUCUUGUUGCGCAAUCGAGAUCGGUGCUCUUUCCAAACAGCACGGCGACAACCAACACGACGUUUUUCGUCGAAUUGAACUUGACACCGCCGGCACUCACUUUGUCGCAAGCGUACAUCGAGGUGCAGGAAGGCCAGCCGAUCGUGUUGGCAGCGGCAUUGGCUACCGCCAACGCGACGCUCGUCCUCGAGGCACCGCUCGCCGUCAUUCAACGCGUUGCGUUUCAAAACGCGUCGAUGCUUUACGCCACCACGACGCAGAUUGGGAACCGAACCUUCGUGUACGGCGGCGCGAGUGGCAUUCGCGGGUCGUUUGUCUUGACGACAUUCCCGACAUCCGGCGACGUCACACUGCGACUGUACUCGUUCCCGACGAUCGCGUCCGCGAUGACCAUUCUGAACGCGACGUCGGCGGCGCGGGUACUUGUCCAUAUCAACCCCAUCCCGAUGCUACCGCUCUUCCUCGCUUCGCCGUCGGUACUCUUUGUGCCGACAUCCAUGAACAAUGUCACGACCAACGUCGUCGUGUCCAUGGCGCAUGUCGAUGUCGACAAUGUCGUCUAUCUUCAAGUGGGCGUCCCGCGGUUCCUCGUGACGGAUUUGAGCUGGAACGGCCAAUUGCAAGUGCCUCAAUCGAUCAACACGACAAGCACAUUGACGUCGGGCACCAUGACACUGGCAGUUCAGAGUUAUUACGAUGGCCACUUUGCGGUGACGCUGGAUGCGUUCAGCGUCGUGCCCGCGUUGGGUCUCACGGCGAGCAAUCGGUCUUUCUUGUCGGUCGUGGCCUUUGCGUCGACGCUGGAUCUCACCAACUUGGUCGUGGCAUCGUCCGUUGAGGGCGGGGCCACUGACUUUAUCGAGAUCCCUGUCACGUCGAAUGUCUCGGACUUGGUGCUAUUGGAUUUGGAGCAGCACCACCUUGGCACGGUGGUGGCCAACGGCAUCGUGCUAACAAGGACAGAUUGGGGCAACUCGAGCAUCCCCAGCUACGCGCUGCCACAACCACUUAUGCAGCUGCACGUCCGAAGUCGACCGGGUUUUGCGGGCUUCUUCACGGUCGCGCUGGCCGGUGUAGAUACAUCAUUAGCGCUGGGCAUUGCGCCUGUCCGUGUGCACGUGCAACCCGUGGCGCUACCCCCGCAGUUGCUCAAGGUGUCGCCAACGAUCAUCAACGGGACGACGGUCUAUCUUGACGUCGUCUCGGAUGUACCGAGUCCAUCCAAUGGCGUUGAUGUAUUGACGCUCACAAUGACCCUGCCCGUGUAUGUGCCUGUCAUCGCCUGCAGCGUUCCGUCGCGUGCUUCGAUCCCCGUGCGCGUCAACGGGACAUUCAGGACAUUUGACGUCCCUUCGACGACCACGACUGUGCGCUUUGUACUUGCGCCAAACUAUGUCGGCACGUUCAGCGUUGCAGUGCUACUGACAGACACAAGCGGUCUCGUGUCGACGGCGUCCGUGGAAACCAUGAUCAACCUCGUCAUUGCCCCCCGCACAGCCCCCCCGGCGGUCGGGUGGACCUAUGCGCUCUCGUCCCAGGUGCCAAGCAUUUCGGUCGUUGAGAACGCUCUCAACACGCCGAGUCUACUCAACGCAACCAGCCUUCUCAAUGGCUCUAGCGCGUGGAAUGCAUCUGGAAAUGUUGACGUUUCGAGCGCAUUUAGUAUCGCGACGCUUCCAUCGACGGCAACACACCCGCUCCAGAGCUCGAUCACGUUUAAUGGGUCCGAGACUUGGCUCGCUUUCGUGCCGACUGUCUCUGUGACGGACCUGUCCGACCUUGAGAUUAGCUCGGACGUGCCACGUUUGCUUUCAAGUCGUAUCGUGCCAAGCAAGUACUUUGACGGCUACGUAGUGCUCGCACCACAUCUAGUGUGGACCACUCCGUACACGUAUGGGGCGAUGACAACGCUACUCGGUGCGACGACCGCGAGUCUGCACCAGGCCACGGGUGUCUCACUGCAAACGACGUCGCAGUCGUCUCGAGUCGUUGCCGUCGCUGUGCGUAUUACUCCAGUCGCCCAAGUGCCGACCGUGACGCUACAGCUGCCGCCGCCCAUUGCCGGCUUCGGUCCAUGGGCUGUGUACGAAGCCGACGCGGUAAACUUCACGAUCAACGCUACGACCGUGUACGCAGUGCCGACCCAAGUGCUGCACACCCGGCUGAGCGCGAGCAGCACCCAACUGACCAGCAUCUCGAUCAACGGCACGGUACUGGCGCUGCCAAAGGUCGGACCGGUGGUAUUUCCGUCGACGCUGCCUGCCAAUGUCCUGCCCGUGACGACUGUCUCGCUGCCAGUCGUGCGCGGUGUCUUUGGUUUACUACCGAUGCAGCUGAUGGUGCAAAACACCGAGACGCUCAACAAUGACUCGCAACUUGUGGUCAAAACGUGGAACGUCACGGUGGUCCCGGUUGCACACGUGCCGACGCUCGUACUGCAACCGAGUGCGACGACGUUGCGCGAGUCGGACGUGCUGCAACUGACGGCCACGGCGACCGUACUUUCGACAACAGAAAACAUUUCGAUUUCGGUCGCAUCGUGGCCUACCGAGGCGGCAGUAACAUUGCAGCAUCGUGACGCGACGCUAUCACAUCUUCCGUCCGGGGCGCUCGUGACACUCUCGCUCGCCAAGUAUUGGUCUGGCACGCUCCAGCUCAACGUGACGGCACUCGCACAGCAGUCGAUGGCGAGUCCCCGCGACAAGGCCAGCACUAGCCAACUGCUCAACAUUACCGUGCUACCGGUUGCGUACCCUCCACUGCUCGUCGUCGACCCGUCGAAGCAUGGUGUCAUGGGGACUUGGGUCACGGUGCCAAUCAACGUCUCGGCACUCGUCGUGCGUCGGUCCAGCGACAUCGACGAAUGGUCGCUCCACUUGGUUGCGCGGGCGGGUGCACUUAGUGUCUGGGCCAACCAAACGCUCUUGACGCGCAACGCGUCACUGAGUAACAUUACGCUCGAUAUUUUCUCGCUACCAGUCUCGGGCGAGCACGAACCGCGUCGCCACCACAAAGACAAACGCGACAACGGUGCAGCGAUCGAUUUGUUUAUUGCUGGCAUCCACGUCUCGGCCAACGCGACGGCGAUGGACCAAGGCACAUCGGUGCUCUUCACCGUCGCCGUCAACAGCCCGCCGAUAGCCCCCGUGACGAUUACGCUUGCAUGCAACGACACGUCGCGUCUCAUCGUGCCGGCUCCGCUCGUCGCGACGACAAACACGACGCUCCAAUGGCUUCUCCGGAGCACACGCGACUUUAUGGACAAUGGCAACAACGUUGUCAACUGCGCUAUGGUCAUCAACACGACGGAUGUCUACUACCAGCAAGUGCCUCUGCCCAACACGUCGCUCGUGCUCGUAAACAAGGACACGUCUGGGUUUGCAUUGCGCGGCACGAUGCUCAACAAUCGGGUGCAGCUCACAGUCGCCGAAGGCGGGUUUCCCGACUCGUACACGGUUGCGCUGACGUCCAAGCCAUUUGACGAGGUCGACAUCUUCAUGACGUCCAAUGUUUCGUAUCUCCGAACGACGCCGCCACUCUUGGUGUUUACGCAAGACAACUGGAACGUGCCGCAAACCGUCGUCGCCAAUGCGUCCAAAGAGUCCAACAUCAUUGGCAUGGCCCCAGCCUUCAUUUUACAUACGAUCGUGACCAACGAUACGAAAUACGCGGCGCUUCAGAACUUUACCGUCGGCGUCUCACUGCUGGUGACGUCCGACACGACACCGCCGCCCGCGCUUCAGUCGGCCCAGUUUGGCAACACGGGAGCUGACAUUCUCUUGACAUUUUCACGGGACGUGGACCUCUCGUCGUUCCCGACGCCGACGAGCUUUGUCUGCACAAGGCUGCUCGUCUUCACAACAGGGUUCUAUGGCGACGUUCCGACGUGCGGAUGGACGUCCAAGAGCACCGUGCGUAUUCUUCUGGGACAGUCCCCGACCGUGCUGCCGGGCGACAAGUGCCAAGUCGUCGCGGGGCUCAAGGCGACCGCGACGUCAACACUGUCCAUGCCGACGUCGUACAUUGUGAUUCAAACGCCUGUCAACCCACCCGUCCCCAAAGUCAGCGUCACGGGACCGCAAAACCUCGGGUCGUGCGACGAUCUCGUCCUCGAUGGACGGUCGUCGUCCGGGGGCGGCGGGCGCGCGAUGGCGUGGGUCUGGACCGUCACCAACGCGCCAGACAUCGCAGCCACCCUCUCGGCGCUCGGGACGACGGCCCAAACCGUGUCGCUACCGGCGAGUACGCUCAUCGCUGGCGGUACAUAUACGUUUUCGCUGACGAUCACCAACUUUUUUGGUGCGUUCGGAACGUCCGGGUCCAUUGUUGUCACAAAAGCAAGUACGCCGUUGCCCGUCGUGUCGAUUGACGGCCCGAGCGCCGUUUCGCUGACAAAGGCGUCGACGCUGGCGCUCAAUAGCGUUGCGACACCCGCAACGUGCGGCAAUACGGACGUCUCGAGCAUCGCGCUGAGCUUUCAAUGGUCCAUGCUCGGGUCGUCCGGUGUCAUGACGGUCGUCAAUUCGACGAGUCGCAAUCCGCGGCAGCUACGGUUGCCGCUACGGACGAUCGCAUAUGGCACGUACACAGUGCAAGUGCUCGUCGGCGUUGUCGGCCACCCAGCGCAGAUCAAUUCGGCGUCCGUGACGCUUCAAGUCGUCCCGUCGGCCUUGGUCGCUGUCAUCUCGAACGGAUUCCGAUCUGUCGGCAACCAAGCCGAUUUGGUGCUCAGCGGCACAGCGUCCAACGACCCGGACUCUUCCUCGACGACGCUACUGUAUGCGUGGCAGUGCUUCGAUGCGAUGACGGGCGCCGUGAGCUGCGGCAACGUCUCGAUUAACAACGGGUCGACUUCAACGGUUGCCAAAACCAAUCUGCCGCCAACGACCACGAUUCGCAUUCUGUUGACGGUCUAUGACCCUGUGACCCAACGCAGCGCGCAAGCAUCGACAACGUACACGGUGCUUCUGGGAAGUCCACCGAAAACCACAGUGGCGCCGCUUUCGCAGCUCAAGUACAACCCUGACGUCAAGAUCGUGCUGAAUGGCGCCGUCACAAGUGCGAUUGAUUCGAGCCCGACCACUCUCUGGUCGGUCCAAGGCGAUGCGACGGUCGCCGACACUGCGUUUGGCUUUGCGAGGACGUCGAAACGGAUGUUAUUGCUGCCCAAUACGCUCACGGCGGGCAAGACCUACGUCUUUGUCUUCACCGGCACAGACAAGUUUGGUCAAUCAAGCAAUGCGACCAUUAGCGUUCAAAUCAACGAGCCACCGACGAGCGGCCUCCUCGUGUCGUCGCCAACCUCGGGCACGACGCUCGCGACGCCCUUUGCCGUGUCGUGUCUCAACUGGGUCGACGUCGACUUGCCGCUAACAUAUGCUUUCAAGUACAUUGUCGGCCCGGCUUCCGCGGAUGCGACUGAGAUUGCGCUCGGCGACUACGCGCUUAGCACAGCGUUCACUACCAUCUUUCCGCUCGGCGGCGGCGUCAACUCGACGAUCACGAUCGUGGCGUAUGUGGCUGAUGCGUACGGGUAUGCAACCAAGGUGUACACCGAGAUCGUUGUCGCAGCUCCGACGGGGUCGGCCUCGGCCCAACAGGCGGCACUGUCCGACCAAAGCUCGCAGCUCGUGGCGUCCGCUGCGAGUACCGACCCCGGCCAAGUCGUCAAUCUCGUUGGCAUGCUCGCAUCCACGUUGAAUGCACCGCCGGCGACGACGACGUCGAGUGGCUCGAGUAGCGGCGGAAGUACGACGACGCCGGCGCCAACAGCAUCGGUGGCACCCGGGCGCACACCAAAGCCGACCGCGGUGGUGCUGAAAUCGUGCCCGUCGUUGUCGGCGGCCCUCGUGUGUUCUGGCCACGGCGCGUGCGUCCUCAACCCUCCGAAGUGCCCGGCGACGAACAUCGACUGCACAGCCACGUGCACCUGCGAACCCUCUUGGUAUGAUUCGGACUGCGCGACGCCUCAAGGCUACUAUGACCAAAAGCAAGCCAUGCUUGGGAAUCUUUUGACCGCCAUGGCGUCCGCGACGUCGAGCAUUGAGCCAACCGCCAAGGCUGUCGAGCAGCAAACCUCUGCAGUGCAGUCGAUCACGGCCAACUCGGGGCUUUUGAGUCCGACGCAGCAGACGCAAGCCCUCGACUUGGUCGCUGGCGUUCUCUCGGCGUCGUCGCAGGUGCAGCUCUCGACCGCGGCAACGACGGCAGUCGGUAGGUCCAUUUCGAAUCUUCUGGACGCACCGAGCACGACCAAAUCGGGUCCUCGCCGCCUCUCGGAGACCACGAACAGCACCGCGGACGCGGCAGCCAAGGCGAUCAAGAUCCAAUCCACAGUCGGCCUCUUGGCGUCUGCCAUGCUCAACGGCAUCGUUCCUGGCGAAGACCCCGUCGAGAUGAACUCGAAAAACGUCAAGAUGGUGCUUCAGCGACACGACCCUGCCAACUUACAGGGCACACUCGAGCUCCCGCUCUCGGAAAGUCAGGUCCAGGCCAACUACUCCAAGCAAACGUUCACGCUGCCGACCACUUUGCCUGCGUCGUCGGCGUGCGCGCAGGGCGUCGACACGCAUGCCACGUUCCUCGCUCAAAACGUCUAUCAAUACGCGAAUGCAAGCUCCAACAUCAACUCGGGUAUCAUUGGUCUCAAAUUGCUCUGUGACGAUUCGAGCACGCCGCUCGCGGUCGCCAACCUCACAAGCGGCAUCUCGAUUCGCAUGCGCAAGCUGGCGCAGUACCCUGUCCCGGGUGCGCCGACGAGCGGCAACGUAUCGUGCACGGCGGGACCGCCGGUGCACUUUAACAUCACGUGCGAUAUCGACCAGCAGCUGUACAAGCUCGUGGCGUGCAACGGGUCGGCCAACUACACUGUGCAGUACACCUGUCCGCAGUACAUUCCGACGCCCAAGUGUCAAUACUGGGACACGACGGCGGGCGCGUGGUCGACCGCCGGAUGCAGGCAGGAGCCCGAUCCAGACGACAACUACAUGCUCUGCGUCUGCGACCACUUGACAGACUUUAGUACGCAAGUCGACAUGGCGUUCCAGGCUGUCGAGGACAACUUCUUCUCGGUGAUCGAGCACCAAACGACAGUCGAGGACGUCGUGCAGAACAUUGGUAUCGUCAUCACGAUGGGGGUCAUGGUCAUCUUGUACGGCGUGAGUCUCCUCUUCUGCCUCAAAUGGGACCGCGACGACCGCGCCAAGCGGCGAAAGUAUGCGCUGACCAAGCAGAACGAGCCCACACACAUUGACUUGCGCAGUCUCUUUGUGCUACCAAAAGUCGCGGCGGCCAAAACGCGGCGUGCAAAGGCCCAAGCGCUUCUCUCUGGGUUCUGGGACGGCUUGAAAGCCAAACACCGGAUUCUCUCGACCAUCCUGCGAUACGACGAAACGUUCACGCGACCGCAACGCGCCAUGGUCAUCUUUACCGUCACGAUGAGUCAGAUGCUGAUCAACGCGCUCUUGUACAAGCUGCGGCAAAUGGACACCUCUGUCGCCACCGUCAUCGUGAGUGGGCUCGUCUCGUCCGUGUGUUUGAUGCCCGUGACGCUCGCGUUUGUCAUUCUCUUCCGCAAAGCCGGCAAGAUGCACGACUACACGGUGCGGUAUGAGAUCGAAGACGACGACCGCAUCGUCGAGGUCGAAGUCGACGCAUACGGCAAACCUGUGCAGUACUCGCAGUACGAUAUGCUCUGCAUCGAUCUCCAAGGGCUUCUCAACGCCGUGCCGCAUGGCGCAUAUGCGCGGAUGCUCGCGCGUCUCGAGCGCGACGGAAACCUCACGUCGCUUGCCAGCAUCGUGUCGCAGUCGCUCUACUUGAUUUUGCACAACCGAGAGGUGCGCGAGCCCGACCCGCUCGACGAUAUUGCCGUCGAGCUCGUGUCCAAGAACCUGUCGACUGCAGCGCAGCCCCGCUUUUCUCUGUUCGCCAAGCCCAAAGUACUCUCUAUGGCGAUCGAGACCCACGUUGACGCGCCGGUUGGCGCUGACCCCGGCCUCUUGAGCGUCGAGAGUGCGGUCGCCAAGCUCUUGGCACUUUGGUCACCGACGACUGACGUCUACGGUCGCCUCAACAAGUUUGAACCGACCGCGAUCACAUCGUCGACGCGCUCCAAGCUCGGGUACCUCCUGCAGGAAGCGAUCGAGCUCCAAAAGAAAGAGACGUCAACCGCCGAAGUCGACGAGCUCGCGAGCGUCGCAUCGAUCCUCGCGUGGUGUCGCAAGUGCUACGAGUGCGCCGAGUGUUUUGCCAACGACACCAACGCGGUCCUUCGCCAUGCCAAGCACGAAAUGCAGCGCACGCGCGAACAGUUGGUCAUGACGCGGCGCAUGGUGCAAAAGCAACUGCGUGAUCGACUGCAGAAGUUUCGAACCAACGUGGUCCGGCGAUCGGUGGACCACCAAGUCCAGGUCGUGAUCCAGAAGAGUAAGCACCACAUGACCGAGACGCGGCGGCGACUCCAAGACGCCCGCCGCAAGUCACGCGUUGCCCGCAAGCUCCAGACUAAAGAGGUCAAGAAACAAAUGGCGGCGGUCCUCGGUAGCCUUCACGGCCUCACGCGCUGGAAGAAGCGGUUUGAACUCUACGAAGAAGCCAAGGAGAAGCGCCUCGCGGACGCGAUGCCGCUCCACGAGCGCCAGCGCUACCUCAACGAAAGCGAGAAGCUCAAGAAGCUCCGGUUCGGCGCGCGCCUCAUGUACAACCUCUUCUUGCGCAAAGCGCCGCAGCGCCUCGAGAAGCCCAUCUUCCCCGAGUUUGUCAACUACAUCUUGUACGCUGUCUGCGCGGGCAUUGAUGCGUUCGCCGCCUACUUUGUCCUCCAGUUCUCGUUCACGGUCGGCCACGCCGUCGCGAGCAUGUGGAUCGGCUCGCUCUUUACGGGGCUGGCCAUGACGUACCUCGUCUCCGAACCCGUCCACAUCUUCUUGCGCGUCGGCGUCUUGCCGCUCCUUGCGUCCAUCUUCCUCGUCAACACCGGACUCUUCGAGGCCCUUGGCACCGAGAUCGUCACGGUGGGUGCAGCCGCCGCCGUCGGCAUUGCCGGCGUCGCCAAGUUUCGCGAAAAGAAGGCGGCGCGCCUCCUCCCCGUCAGUGUUGCCGAUGGCCCGUCGGCGCAACUGGCGAGCGCCGACGCACCGCCCGUUUUGGCAUCCGCGCCAAGUACGCGACUGGUGCAAACAUCGGUGUCGGCGCCACUGCCAUCGGAACCGGCACCCGUCGUACCGGAACCGGUGGCACCGGUGGCAGCGGGACCACCCACGACCAGUCUCGAGUCGCCGGUGGCCCCGAGGCGCAAAUCUCUCGUCGAAGGCGACACGACAGAGCCGAUCGCAUCCUUCCCAACGCUGACAAAGGUUAUCGUCGUGUCUCCACGACCGGCACCGAGCCGUGGAGCAAGUACCGCCAUGCUAGUAACCGGACCGUCGGUGGCCGCUCUGCCUGUGAUGGCGCAAGAGACAACGUCGGACGCUACGUCGUCGGUUCGUGCCGCCGAUCCAGUCGACGUUGCCGCUGCCUUGACAACGGAGCUAGCUACACCGCCUCCCGCCGUCGACGAGUUUGUCUGCGAAUGCGGCGCCAGUACGCCCCAAGACGCCCGUGCGCACCAUCUCGAGCACGACUGCACGCACCGCCUGGUGCAAUGUCGCGCUGGCUGUGGCAUCUACAUCCAGCUCCGGGCGCGCAGCAGCCACGAGAUGAGCCAGUGUCGAUUGCUCUUGUGUGCUUGCGGCAAGAUGGUACUGCGGACCAAGAUGGCGUCGCAUCUCGAGUCCGAAUGCGUCCAACGCAGCGUCACUUGUCGUCUAGGCUGCGGCGCGUCCAUGCCGCUCCACGCGCGUGAGAAGCACGAACGGUCGGUGUGCGACCUGCGCGUCACGUCCUGUCCCGACUGCAACACCGUCUUGCCGGUGCGCGAGCUCGCGACGCACCGCGCAGCGUGCACGACAAAAGCGAUUGUGCGCGGCCCCGCGACAAAGCUCUUGGUGCGGCGGCAGUCGAGCUUGCUCAUCUUGGGCGACGACGUUUUGGCCGAGCCCAGUAACGAGCGGCCGGUGUCCCCGCCGUCGCCGACGACAACGAGCCUCCAAGGUCCACCGCUUGUCAUUCCAACAGUCAAGGCACCGCGCGGCCCGUUGGCGGCACCGACAACAACAAAUGUUGCGCGCCGCGCUCGGGCGCCACCUGCGGCGGCGGCGGCCCCGGGUGAAAUGCAAGGCCCGCCGCUCGUGCUCGCGCCCGGAGCAAUGGCCGACGAAGCCAAGGCCAAGAACGAACUCGCUCGGAAAGGCGUCGCGAUGGCCGCGGCAGCCGAUGGCGCCAAGCGACUGACCAACGAGUCCGACGCCAAGCCCCGGCGGGCCGACGUCUCGGAGGCGGUCGUGGAAACAACCGGUGCCGGGCAGAUGGCCAAGUCGGCCUUCGAAGGUGCAGCGGCGACGCUCUUUGACGGCACGGCGCCUGUCCGCACGCAGCCGUUGCGCGGCCCACGCGCCGCCAACCCGUUCCAGCCACCGCCCGACGCCAAGCCGUCGACAUAA